AUGACUAAUGAUAACUUCUCAAUGAAUGAUGAUAAUGAGCGACAAGAAUAUCAAAAUCUCAUCAAAGUAUGGACAUCUUAUUUUGAACAUGAUCAAUCGAAACUUCAUGUGAUGAUGAUAAAAAUUGAUGCAUUACUGGAACCUUUUAUGUCGGCACAAACAGGCAGUAAUCAAGAAAAAUGUCGUGAACUAUUUGUUCAUCAUAUGAUUGAUAUUUGCUUCAAACAAGGUAAAAUAUCUGUUCAUAUUGUUCCUCAUGUUUAA